AUGGUGAGUGAAUCAGCAGCUCUACGAAACCUAGCCAACUACCAUAAAUGUAACGCAAGAAAUCCAAACCUCUUCUACAACGGAGUGCGCAUUCCCGAUGCAAAAUUUCAGGUCGGAUCUCAAGUAUGGUAUUACUCAUGCGAUGAUGAUGUGGACAUAGAAAAUUCUCGAGCACUCAUCACGGAGGGACCUGUUCUUUACUGUAGAAUGGUGCGUAUUCUCGGUCAUGAUCAGCAUAUCUGGCAUACUUAUUGCGUCAGAUAUAUGGAUGCAACGGAUGCGACAAAGCAACCUCAAGAGAUGAACCUUAUUGAAGUCACUGAAAUAUAUCUCUGA